AUGUCUUUGAAACCAAAUCCUUUUGGGCCCUUCUUAUCGUCGUGGCUUGGGGGUGAUUUGCUGGCUCCGGCUAUCUUGUUUGGAGGACGGCAGGCUCCAAGGGUGGGUGAUCCUGAGAAUACCCGCCCCAAAGGUGUCAUUACCCGCCCGCCGAUCUUAAUCCGGACGGGGAUAUCUAUCCCGACCGAUGGCCAACCGUGA